AUGAGAGCGUGCAGCUGCAGGACGUGGGGUAAGCACAGGCCGGACCUCUGUCCUGUGUGCAGUGUUCAGGUGAAAUCUGUGACGACAUUCUCCUCCGGAAAGUCCCUGAAAGCGGCCCCUGCAGUGUCCUGGUCACCUUUGCGCGCUGAGCCAGACCCCCACAGACCCCCAUCUCCACUCCAGACGCACGGGGAGAGGAGGAGGAGCGCGUACAUCUGUGAGGACUGUUGGACCCGUACCACUGUUGGACUCAUCUGGAUCUGGGACACCACCGCCGCAUUCAUCACUGAGUGUGAACCACCUUCCCCCUUGACUGAAGAUGAUUUGUUUGCUGAUGAUGCACUGUACCCUGAGCUGGAGCACUCCAGGACCAUCUAUGUUGUAGAGAAUGCUCCCCGGCUCUCGGUGUUGGCAGAGCCGUCAAAAGUGAUCGCACGACGAGGUGGAAACGCCACUUUACCCUGCAAGAUCCUGAGAGAUGAGAAUCUGGCGCCCAAUCGCAAAAUGAGAAUAAAAUGGACGAAGCUGACGUCUGACUAUCUCAAGGAGGUGGACGUCUUUGUGUCCAUGGAUUUUCACAAAAGAAGUUAUGGCCGCUUUCAUGGGCGCGUCCAUUUACUCAACUCCUCUCCAUCAGACGUGUCUCUCGUCAUCACAGAUAUUACCCUGGAGGAUUAUGGGAAGUAUAAAUGUGAAAUUAUUGAUGGUUUGGAAGAUGCAACAACUGUAGUGGCUCUUGACCUAGAAGGAGUGGUUUUCCCCUACUUCCCCCGUCUCGGUCGCUACAACCUGAACUACUACGAUGCGGAGCGAGCGUGCCUUGAGCAGGACGCGGCUGUGGCCUCCUUUGAUCAGCUUUAUGAUGCUUGGAGAGGAGGGCUGGACUGGUGCAAUGCUGGCUGGCUCAGUGAUGGCUCAGUGCAGUAUCCCAUCACAGCACCCAGAGAACCCUGCGGAGGAAGGAACACUGUUCCCGGCGUGCGCAACUACGGCGUGCGCGACAAAGAGAAGAACCACUACGAUGUUUUCUGCUUUACAUCUCACUUUAAAGGCCGAUUCUACUACCUGAUGCAUCAUUCGAAACUGACCUACGACGAGGCGGUGCAGGCUUGUCAGAAGGAUGGUGCCCAGAUUGCCAAAGUGGGCCAGAUGUUUGCUGCCUGGAAACUCCUGGGCUACGACCGCUGUGACGCAGGCUGGCUGGCGGACGGAAGUGUGCGUUACCCCAUAUCCCACCCGCGGCGCCGCUGCAGCCCCACUGAGGCGGCCGUUCGCUUCAGUGGCUUCCCCGAUAAGAAGCACAAGCUCUAUGGAGUGUACUGCUUUAAAGGCCACAACUGA